CACCAACCUUAAACGUUUUCUUUUUCAAACAACAAAAACCUCACCACACUCACCUUGGCAACCAACUCACAAAACUAACGUGCACUGCCCACAACACCCCAUAAAAGCAUCAACACCACCCCUUUCCCUUUUACUCUAUAACAUCAUAAUUAAUACUCCAAUGUUAAUUAAUUGUUAGCAUGGCCGAGUCACAAGGUGGUAGUGGCGGUGACGACGGCGCUUCUGGAAGCAGGCGUAGAGGCUCUACUUCCAGGCGUGCCAUGGCAGCACAAACACAAGAUGAAGCAAUGGUGGAAUCUUCACCCACAACACCAUGUGGGGCUUGCAAGUUCUUGAGGAGGAGGUGCGUUGAGGGGUGCAUCUUUGCACCCCACUUUGGUACUGACCAGGGUGCAGCCAAGUUUGCAGCUGUGCACAAGGUGUUUGGUGCUAGCAAUGUGUCAAAGCUCUUGUCCAACAUUCCGGUGAACCGCCGCAAUGAAGCAUCGACAACAAUAUCAUAUGAGGCGCAGGCAAGGUUGUCUGAUCCAGUUUAUGGUUGUGUCUCCACCAUCCUUGCUCUGCAACAGCAGGUGGCAACUUUGCAAGCAGAGCUAGCUAUGUUGCAAACUCAGCUCAUGAAUAGUAGGUUUGCCUAUGCAAGUGCAUUUCAGACCACACAACUACAACAACCAAAUAUGAAUACAGGAGCAUUGCAACCAGCAUAUUCCAACAAUUCAUGUGCUUCCACCAACCUUCUAAACUUGAGCACCUUCAACAAUAACCCUAGCUUUGUCCUUGAAAUGGACACAGCACCCUCCUCAAGUUUGGAGCCUCUUCAACUCACGAGGUUGUCCCAAUGUAAGGAAGAGGAUGAAGAAGAAAACAAGACUCAGAAAGCCUUUAACCACCGUUAAUGAGUUGCCCUUUGUGUUUAUUUUGUUACUGGUACUUUUUAAUGGCUUCGACUUCAUAUAUAUAAUCAAAUAUUGUCGUCCAUAAUUGAUGUAAUGUAUCUCAUGACAAUGCUAUAUAUAUUUAAUUUGCAUGAAGAAUCUUGUCAUA